AUGAGCGAGUUUGAACAACUUGGCAUUCACCAGUGGCUAUCAAAACAGUGCGCCUACAUGGCGUUGCAACACCCCACACCCAUCCAGAGGCUUUGUAUUCCCGCAAUUUUAGCUGGCAAGUGUGUGGUUGGAGGCGCAGCCACUGGUAGCGGUAAGACGGCGGCAUUCGCCCUCCCAGUGCUGCAAAUCCUCGCUGAGGACCUCUACGGGGUGUUCGCCCUUGUAUUGACACCAUCCCGCGAACUUGCUUACCAAAUCGUGGAUCAGUUUGUGGCGCUUGGCGCACCGCUGCAUAUACGCACCGCCAUUAUUAUUGGCGGCUUGCCGCACGAGCAGCAGCUGGAUGCGUUAAAAGCCCGCCCACAUGUCGUUGUCGCCACGCCGGGUCGCCUGAAAUUUAUGUUGGAAAAAUUCCCGGAGGCUCGCAAAGCCUUUCUACAUCUGCGUUUUCUUGUGCUUGACGAGGCUGACCGACUGACGAGCGAUGACAUUGAAACCGAUGUGGAGGAAGUUGUUC